GAGUUAAUGGCUUUCCCUGUAGGCGGGGGUCGCGUUCGAGACCCGCUGGACUGAUCUGCGUAGCCGCCAAGAGCCUACCUUGACCGAGGGACGUAACAAACACUGCGGGCAGUGUUUGAAGAUGGCCCUGAACUACGUGUCCCUGUCCGCCGGCGAUCAAAGGAGCAGGAUGGCCUACCGCGCUUCCCACGGCGAUCUCAACCCGUCUGCCUUAGCCCUGGCGAUGGUCUCUGGAGACAGCUUCCUCGUUGCCAGGCGUGAGGCGGUUCUUCCAGGACCCGCUCCUCGUCAGGCCGUCCGGCAGAGCGUUCGGGCCGACAGCCGUCGGGCGACUGGGGUCGGCCGCAGCCCGCCACGCUUUAGAUUGGGAAGGGAAGCUGAUGGGCGGAACCGCUCCCGUCAGGCCAGAUUCGCACCUUACCCGACCCCCGCGGUCAAACUGGAUCUCUUAAGGAGUGUGCUGCAGCAGCGUCUGAUUGCAGUUGGGAGUGUUGUCUCAGCCCGUCUUUCGGCUUAA